UCAUUCUUGAUGAACCAGCUCAAACUCACGUUUACAGAUAUGCAAACUUACAUUACAUGAGAGUUGAGCGCGUAAAAGAUAUUCGUAUCCAAAAUGUUUCGACUGUUGCGGAGCCAUCCCGGUUGGUCAUUCUUCAUCAUUGCCACCGGCGCAAUUGCCACCUCUGAGGUGCUGUGGUCCAUCUACAACUCAAUGUGCAAGUGGAUCCAAUGGCGAAAGGCGCAGGUGCACGAAGUGCUCAUGUUCAAUGAGCUGGGCUUUGAUUGUAUCCUGGAGCAUCGAAAGUACAGCAAGGAGGGACGCAUGUACCAUUGCCAAAAUGUGCAUUGCUCGCAGCGAAACAUCGAGCGUAUUAUCGAGCAUCUGAGCAAAGCCAAAUAUAGCAUUGAUCUGGCCAUGUAUUCUUUUAGCUCGAUUGAGCUGGCGUGCGCUUUGAAGAUGGCCUUGGGCCGGAAAGUGGUUAUACGUCUCAUUGUCAGUCGACACUGGGACACUAAAGUAAACUCUCAGCUCGCCAAUCUCAUACGCUGGGGCGCUCAGCUGCGCACCCAGAAUUCGUCUUAUUUUAUGCAUCACAAGUUCUGUGUGAUCGAUGGGCAAGCGCGUGUCGAUCACAUUUGGAGACAGAAGAAACGCAAAUACGGACCUGAGACCACCUACAGCGUCCUAAUCAAUGGCUCCCUCAACUGGACGGAUGGCGGCAUUGGCGCUAACUGGGAAAAUGUCCACAUCACAUCCCAUGCACAAAUGGCCACAGAAUUUCAAUCAGAAUUCGAUCGCAUGUGGAAAGCGUUUGCCGAUAAAAGUAGCGCAAAGUAGCUGAACAAAGACAGUGCGACAGAGACAGUUAGUGUCAAUUUAUAUGUAUAUAUUAUAUAAAACGUAAUUGAUAUUUGAAAAGUGCAAAAGGAAAG